GUAUGUCAGUAAGUGAGGGGAUAUGUCCUCAAAUCCGUUGUUGAUGCUUACAGAAAAGUUAAACAGAUCGUGAAGUAUUAGCGAUUGUUAUUUGUGUCUUGAGUUGUAAUUUUAGUAUAAAAAUAUGGACAGACUAUUGCGAUUAGGCGGUGGAAUGCCCGGAUUGAACUCGGGACCUCCGCCUUCGGACGCCCCAGUCGUAGAUACUGCGGAGCAGGUUUACAUUUCCUCUCUGGCACUGUUGAAAAUGUUAAAACACGGAAGAGCGGGGGUACCAAUGGAAGUAAUGGGUCUGAUGCUUGGUGAAUUUGUUGAUGACUACACAGUCAGGGUUAUAGAUGUCUUUGCCAUGCCACAGACGGGAACCGGAGUUAGCGUGGAAGCAGUAGAUCCAGUUUUUCAAGCAAAAAUGUUAGACAUGCUCAAACAAACUGGUCGACCUGAGAUGGUAGUUGGCUGGUAUCAUUCCCAUCCUGGAUUUGGAUGUUGGCUAUCUGGAGUAGAUAUAAACACACAGCAAUCAUUUGAAGCACUUAGUGAGAGAGCAGUAGCUGUUGUUAUUGAUCCCAUUCAGUCAGUCAAAGGAAAAGUUGUUAUAGAUGCAUUUAGAUUAAUUAAUCCAAACAUGAUGGUUCUCGGUCAAGAACCGCGACAGACAACGUCAAACUUAGGUCACUUGCAAAAACCAUCUGUUCAAGCACUUAUUCACGGGUUGAAUAGACAUUACUAUAGCAUUAGUAUUAACUACCGUAAAAACGAGUUGGAACAGAAAAUGUUACUAAAUUUGCACAAAAAGACUUGGAUGGAUGGCUUGACACUUGCAGAGUACUCGGAACACAGUAAAAUCAACGAAAAUACUGUGCAAGAAAUGCUUGAAUUAGCUAAAAAUUAUAAUAAGGCUUUGGAGGAUGAAGAGAAAAUGACGCCAGAACAGUUGGCGAUCAAGAAUGUUGGUAAACAAGACCCAAAGAGACAUUUAGAAGAGAAGGUAGACAAUCUUAUGACGACGAAUAUUGUUCAAUGCUUAGGAGCUAUGCUCGAUACUGUUGUCUUCAAAUAACUGAAUCAUAAUUCAAUAUACAAAGAAACAUAUGCAUCAAUUUAAUCUUAGAUUUGCCAACUUUUUGUACUGAUUCAUUCAACUUACUGCUGCUGGAUGUGUGUAAAAAAAUCUCUGAAUUAUAUUUUCAAAUUUUUAAUGAAAACAGCA